UUUGUAUUUUACAGAAAGGCUUAAUAUAAGCAAACUGAAAAACGUGAUUGCACACACUUAGUUUAUAUCUCCAAGAUUAGGACGACAUGUGUUGCUGAAAAUAAUGGCAGUUACUUUUGUAAAUUUUGGAAAAGCAGUUAUGUUUACAUUUUGUAAUUACAUUAAAUUUAUAUAAUACUUAAAUAUUUUUUUUGGUUGAUCGUCUCUCUUUACAUAUAUAAGAGAACUUAAAUCUAAGUGUAAAUGGCAAAGCAGAGCUGUAGAAGAGUUUUCAGACGUCAAACAAAAUCAAAUAUGCCUAAAGUUCACAUAAGUCUUUGUUUCAUCAUCUUUCUAUAUCUGUCAUCCGAAGAUUUUAUGAAAGUAGACUCACAGAGCCAGGGAAAUUGGUGUAUAGCAAACCCUAUUACAGAUAAUGAUAGAUUACUAAAGAAUAUAGACUUUGCAUGUUCUAAAAUCGAUUGUCGGAUUAUAAUGGAAGGAGGUUCAUGUUAUGAUCCUAAUACUCCUCUUAAUCAUGCUUCUGUCGCCAUGAAUCUUUAUUAUCAAGCUCAAGGAAGACACUACUGGAACUGCAACUUCGAAAGCUCUGGUCUCAUUACCGUCGUUGAUCCUAGCUAUGGUUGUUGCAAAUAUCAAUAUCGUAAGUAAGAGGAUGCAAAGCUUUGUAUUGGUUACAAAAAUAAAACGAAUAACAGAGAACUCUAGUUUUUGACCAAAAAAAACAGAGAACUCUAGUUAUGGAGUUUUUUUUUUUUUUUGAAUUGAAUGUUAAAUUUAAUUCAAAGAAAAAAACCUGUUUUUACAACUUGGUGUAACUUUUUAAAGAAAAUGCAACAUCAAACUUUUAAUAAAGACUUAAGUUCAAAUCAUCUUGUUGAGAACCAAAACUGCAACCCUCCUUCGAGCUUUUUCUCUCGCCUCCUCUGUAUAAUUGAGAACUUGUUUCUCAUAGUCUUAUCAAUUAACUUCGCCAAUAGAACAGGUGGAGAUGCUACAUCCCCAUGCCUUCUUCUAUUCCUUUCUCUCCAGAUGCUAUGUAUAGUAGCCUGAAACAGAUAACGGGUUGUAAAGAGAAGAAGCCUUUCUUUUGUUUCAUCCUUUAUAAACCUCAUUAAGUCCUCCCAGUCUGUAGUAUAGCUAUCACGCAUCACCCCCUUUGCUAGCACUGACCAUACUUGCUCCGAUAGAGGACAUUGAAAGAACAGAUGACUAACCGUUUCCAAUGGCUCUUGACAAAACACACACGAAGUGUUAAUAUUCGCACUCCACUGCAUCAUCC